UCUUUUCCCUCCCUCCUCAAAAAAACACCAAACAUUUCGCGGGAACCCCUUCGAGCUGCCACGAUGGACCGCGAACGAAGAUUCACAUUCUGCAUCCUGCUCGCGGCCGCCCUAUUCAUCCUCACCACCACCUUUCUGUACAUCACGCACAACGACGUCACCGCCCUUGCCAGCCAACGCGUCGACACAGCAUACCUCGAGCGUCCGACCCUGAUUUACGCGCUGCCCAAAGAACUCAUCCCCGACACCGAUAAUGAUCGCAGACUUAUUAUUCUCGGUGAUAUCCACGGCAUGGCUAAACCGCUCAACCGUCUACUUGCCAAGACCAAGUACAACGCGGCCACUGACCAUGUGAUUUCCGCCGGUGACAUGAUCAACAAGGGCCCCGACUCGGGCGCCGUUGUCGACACACUGAUGCGUCUCAACGCUUCGGCGGUUCGCGGAAACCAUGAAGAUAAUGUUUUGUCGGCGCUUGCUGCACACCGCAGAGGCCGCAAGGCCCCCAAGAAGUUCCUCAAGACGGGCAAGAAGCUCAGCAAGAAGCAAGUUGAGUGGAUCGCUCAGUUGCCUGUUAUUCUGUCCAUGGAGGAGCUGGCCAUGUAUGUGGUGCAUGCGGGAAUGGUUCCUGGUGUGCGGCCGGCUAUGCAGGAUCCGUGGGCCGUCAUGAACAUGCGCACGCUGCUGUACUCGAAAGAGGAACUGCGCAGUAGGAGUGAGGACGAGGAUCCUGUUCCUGAAUCAGACGACUACGAACGCGAGAUAGAAGACGACCAAGAUGUAGAGAUAGACGACGACGAGACUAGAACACAGCUGGACUUUUACAACGAUCGGUCCGAGGCACCCAUCCCGUCUGAUACCCGCGACGGCAAGCAGUGGGCACCCGUUUGGAACCGCCGUCAGGACCAACAGCGCAAGAGCACGAGGCGUACUAUUGUUUAUGGACACGAUGCUAAACGCGGCUUGCGCCAGGGCAAACACACAUAUGGCCUCGACUCGGCGUGCGUCUACGGCGGCAAGCUGACGGCCCUGGUCCUCCAAGGCAGCAAGAAGGGCUACAAAGGAAAGCUUGUACAGGUCCAGUGCUGAGCGGCAUUUUGCUUUUUUGCGAUUGAUUCAUUCGAUACCCCCCAUCAUUUGCUAUGGUCAUGUUUAUUCCAAUACCCCCCCAUUAGAUUUAGUUGUUCUAUAGUCGCAUAGCGUCAUGCUGCCCUUUGCACCGUUAAUCUGGAUAAUCGAUAUCAAUUCAU